AUGUUACAGAAGGCUUACGGUGAAUCGACUUUAUCAAAAACACGUGCAUAUGAAUGGUACAGUGCAUUGAAAAGCGGUCGAGAUGUGGUGAAAGAUUUGCCUCGCUCUGGUCGGCCAUCAACGUCUUCAACUGAAGUUAACAUCGAUAAAGUGAAGGAAAUGGUGAUUGAAAAUCGUCAUUUCAGUUUGAGAGAGAUAGCCGCUGAACUUACGGUGUCUCACGAAUCAAUUCGUACCAUUUUACGCGAUUGUUUGGGCAUGGAACGCGUUGCCGCUCGACUAGUUCCGAAAGACCUCAAUUUUCUUCAAAAACUCAAUCGCGUAAAGGUCGCUGAAGACAUGUUAGAACGAGUUAAUUCCGACCCCACAUUCAUAAAACGCAUUAUAACUGGUGAUGAGACAUGGGUUUACGAGUUUGAUAUGCAAACCAGUCAACAAGCUUCGGAAUGGCGCCUUCCAACUGAGCCAAAACCGAAAAAACCACGUCAAAUGUUGUGCACUCGGAGUUUUUGCCAGAAGGUCAGACGGUAA